CGUGCAUCGAGAGAGAGAGAGAGAGAGAGAGAGUGAGAGAGAGAGAGUGCUAGACAGGGAGGAGAGGAGAACAGAGGACAGUUGGCUGCACUGCUCAAAUGCAGUCGGAGGUUGGGAGGCGAGGAGGAUGAGUGAGCGUGGGGGAAGGAGAAGAGACAAAGGGAGAUCACAUCGUUGUUUUUUGUUCCAGAGCAAAGAGGGAAGAGAGGGAUCUAUACGGAAACGAGAAAGGAAGGAGAGCCCAACCAUGACUCUGUCAUUUUUCAGCCAGAGGAAGCAAGUCAACGGAUAACACAGCAAGAGCUCCUUUUCCUCUGUUAGGGAGGGAACUGAGGGAGAGAAUUUCAAAUGAAUAUAAAAGAUAUUUUUUAGCAAAACCAUAGCUAAUUAGUACUUUCCUUUUUGAAUUAAGAGACUCAAGAAUUGACAUUUUGCCUUCACUUUUUUCAGCAUCCCAAGAGAAAUAAACGGAAGGGAAAUCAGACAGUUGUUUUUUGUAUAUAAUUUCAGUGCUGUACAGACAUCACUCUUAUCAUUAUUAGUGUUACUUACAGCUGAUAUGCAGAAAAAUCAGGUUUCUCUUAUGCAAAAGUUUUCUAUAUUAAUUAAAUAGUCAGUUAUUUUAUUGUGUUGCAGACUUUCUCCUAUAUUGUGCUUAUUAUUAUUAUUAUUAUUAUUAUUAUUAUUAUUUGCAAUGUUCUGUUUUAUCUGGAAGCAUGUGUGCGUGUGUGCUCUUGAGCAAUAUUUGAUUUCCUCCCUGUACCGCUGCCCUAACAGAGUCUGUGUCUCUGCGAGUGUCUGGUGCUGUCUUCAUUGAGAUGUCAACAUUGAUUAACUUUAUGGCAGCAGAGACAGUGGCGGGACUUUGCCGUCUCAUGGUGUUGCAUUCGGCAGACUACUGAUUGUCAGUGAGUGUGUAUUAAACUAGCGCAGUGUGUGUAAAGUCUCUCAACUGGACGAUUAGUCGAGCCGGGGCUGACAGGUUGUGUGUUGGCGGAACUCGCCGCCUUCUGUUUGGGUUCCGUCAAGGUUUCGUCUGGCACAAAUCUGCGCUGCCUUCUGUCACCAUGGCAACAAGCUGGCAACUGUGAAGUCUAACAUUGCUGUUUCAAGUUGCUGUAAACUUUUAAGGUCACUCUGUCUCACACGAUUUAGAUAAGAGCCAACAAGCAGAUUUCAAGGUGCUUUGUAUUUUCUUUUCUUUAUUUAUUUAUUUAAAAUUUUUUUGGAGGCUUGUCUCUCUGUCCGUCCAUCCACCAUCUCUCUUUUUUACUUUUUAUACAACUUGUUAGUUUAUAUCUGUCAUCACUGGCAGUUAAGGUCAGACAGUCAGGAUUUAUACCUAUUUCCCAUGUUCUGUUCUACUGGUGCAAACAUUUUGGUCUUUGGAGUCGGCUAUAGAGCAGCGGUCACUUGUGUUGUAGUUAAACUCAGGUUUCGUCUUCUUUCUGGAGUGCCAACAAUGUACAUCCCUGCUAGUAGAGGUUUGUGAAGGCAAACAAACUUUGCUGCUUAUUAACCAAGCUUCUACUGAAACUGAAAAUAAGCUGUCCCUAUGCUAGUGAUAACUUUCAAUUGACUUUCCAUCCUCGUUUUUUUUUUUUUUUUUUUUUUUUUGCCAAUUUUUUUCUUCAUGCUCUUGUGAACCAGAACAGCACUUUUUUCACUGGCAGCCUCACACUGUUGCAUCCUUCUUUAACUAACACAUUAUAAAAACACUUUUUAUGUCUUACAUUAAAAACACAGCUGGCUUACUGGGACUUCAUCCACCUUAAUCUUAUUAAAAAUACCUUUUACGCUUCAUCUUGGAACAGGGAUUCUGCCAUAUUCUUGAUGAGCAGGUGCUACAUCCGAGUUGCCGUGGUUUGACACUGUUCAAGGCUCGGUUCUAUGUACUGUUUCUUGAUGUUUUUGUAAACAUAUUGUUGAGUUUUUAACCCCUGUUAACCUUUUUUUUUCUUUUUUUCUUUUUUUCCUUUUGUAUACACUGUGCACCUGUCAUGCCUGGUCACAAACUAAGAACACAUUUUGUCACUGAUCUUUGCACAGAUACAGUUUAUGCGGAUUCUGUGUGCGUGCCAAGUCCAGCUCACACUCCAGGACUGCAUCAAUUCAUAUUACGUGCCGUGUAUUUGUAAGCGUUGGUGCAUUUAAUCAACUCUCAGUGAGGUCCCAUAAGCUUUUGCACUUAGUGGACCUCUUUAGAACUGCACUGAAAAGACACUACAAGCUUAGUAACAAGCUUGUUCAACUCUAUUACACUCCACAGCAACACCAGAGCACUCCUAGAGCAGUGUAGUGUAGUCUCAAAUAUCACAGGACUUCAGGGUUCUGGGUCACGUGCAUGUGGCUAUUGCCUUGCCAUCCAUCUCUGUUCACUUGUACCGUUCUCUAAUGAAUACGGACUUGUAACAAUUAUAUAAUCACUGAUUAUAGCCAUUGGUGCUCUUCUAGAACAAUCUGACUCACAAUCUGGAGCUUAUUUUUUCAGAAACUGAUCUGAUGAUGUGGAUGUACUGUCAAGUGGAUGCUUGGCGCUUUUCUGUGGGAAUAGGGAAAGCCUCUGUGGACAUGACAGUCUAAAGAGCAAGGGUAGAAAUCAGCCAGCUGAUACUGUUACAGACACCGAAAGUGCUUCUGAGGUUUUGGUAAUAUAUGCAGUGGACUUGGACUGUGCUUCAUGCUUGUAGGACUGUUCUGCAUGUGCUCACGCACUGUUCCCAACUUUUCAGAACAGUUGGCAAUUAUAGACUGUUGUUUCUUUGCCAGAGGUUUCAUAAGUGUUUAUGUGACCCUGCAAUGAGUCCUGCUAUGUUCUGCGUGGGUUUUUUCUCAGGAAACUGACUUAUAAAGACCUGCUCCAUUUGAGAACCAUUUCUCAGAUGGGAGGUGUCAUUUAGGAUAAUGAGCAAGUGACUGAUUUUUCAGUCUGCCUCUAAUGAGUCCUCUCGUCGGAGAUCUCUUAGGACAGAAUGUCGAAUUGAGCCGAUCAAGUCUCAUUACAGACACUCUGACAAGCUGCUGGUUGUCGGUACCCUGGAAAGUCAUGUUCCAGAAGUUGGAAGAUGACAAACUAUAUACCUUGGCUCACACAGAUGUACAAAGUCACUAAUGGUGCUCUAAUUGUGUUACCUUUUAUAAUAGCCAUAUUUUGAUCUGAUUUCUAGAACAUUGGUAGAACAGUAUCAGGGCUCUCAAUGAUUAGUUUACCUUUUUCUAAAUCCAUCAUAUUUCUAUGUCUGUAAUUAUCUUAACAAUCUAGCUAUGUAACUUGGGGUUUAUUUUUAGUCUUGGUCUAUCAGUGAUAGAAUUCGGUUAUUGACUAGCAAGAAACAAUCAGUGAAAGUGAAUAUUUGAAAGUUGCUGUAUUUUUUAACUAAAAAGGAAGGAAGGACAAAGAGUCAGCCUGGAGAACGGGAAAGAAUACGUGGGCGGGGGAACAGGGGAGAGAGAGAUCAUCUGGAAGAAGCGGGCGAGUGUGAUCGAAAGAGAACGAGCGAGGGAGAGGGAGCGAGAACAAGAGGAGGAGGAAAGGAAGAACGGGGCCCAGUACACAGUCUGGAGGCUAAGGGAGGGAUUCCAGGAGAGGAGGGAUAGAGAAGGAGAACAACUGAAAGGAAAGAGUACAGAAGGAGCGAGAGAACCUCAGCCUGAAGUGAUUUGGAAGAGACGAGAGGAAGAGGAGAAAGAGAGAGAGAGGAUACAGCUGGAAGACAGGGGACCCAGAAUCAUCUGGAGAAAGAAGGAGAGAGAAGGAGAAGUAAGAAGGAAUAUGUAUGUCAGUGACUUGAAACAAAAAGGCGAAAGAGAAGGGAAGAGAUCAGCCGAGUGAGCUUGAUCGAGACUAGAAUGGUGCUUUCUGUGUUCUAUGUUCCUUUACACUGCAUUGUAAAGUUUACAGUAUUCUUUUAUCACGAGGACUAAUUUGUAUCAUUUAGUUCAUAAGGAUUUGAUCAAGACAAUUUGUAUAUAGCACUAUUAACCAGGAUAUAGUCUUUAAACCACUGAGAAGUUACAUACUUGGAUCUGUUUAAUUCUUUAAUCAGGAUCUUCUCAACCUUGAGGCAGAUUAUCCGCCAGUGUUCAAUGGUCUCUCACCCUCUCUCUCUCUCUCUCUCUCUCUCUCUCCCUCUCUCUCUCUCUCUUUCAGUAUUGAUCUGUCUGUCUAUUGGAAGCCUCUUCUCUUAGAGUCUCAGUUGCAGCUAAUAGUUUUUAUGGGACUCUUUCAGAUAAGAGCUAUUAUAGUUUAGCCUCUCUCAUAGAAACCAAAACACACCCUGAAUAUCAAAGAAUUUAUUUUGCUUUCUUUCAUUCAUGCACAUUUUAUUAUAAAGUGCAAGGCCAUUAAAAGACACCAACAAACUGACAUUAAGAAGACAAUCAUGCUGAGGUUCUUCAGUGGAGCUUAUGGUGCUCUAAUGAUGCGAAUAUAAAAUGUGAAUUAUGAUUAUCUCUAUGCAGGCUAAGAUCUGAUGCAAACACUCUUACACAGACGUUAACACACACUGUGUGACUACACUGAUGUCACAGUCUGCAUGAUCUGGAACUUGACAGGAAACACUUUUUAUUCUCUUUAAUUCAUAGUCUUUCUCCUCCUCCCCAUUUCUCCCCACGUUCUUCUUUUUUAAUGAACUGAGCUAACAACAACACUGUCAUUUCUUUGGUCCAAAGAUGAUGGGAUCAGUAGAUGGAGAUAAACAAGGAACUGUAACAGAAAAGAGAGGACGUGUUUGCAAUUUAUUUGAAAGAGACACUUGGAGAGACCUAAAGAGAACCUAAAACUUGGGGCUGAACUGAUAGAUGAAAAUGGAACUUGUCCCCAAAACUAAAUACACCCCCUUCAGGAGUGACUCGUUCAGUUCUACAGACGAGACAGCCUCUAAUCCUUCUCUCCCUUCCUCAGCUCCCCUCACCCCUCUUACCCCUCCAAGCAUUGUCUCAUCUCUAUCUUCCUCAUCACUCGCCCCUAUCCUGCCCCCGACGUCCCCUCGGCCAGCUGAGAACAGCCCCACUACGCUGUGCUCCUUCUUUCCCAGGAUGGGCUCCCUGCGACUGGGCAUGUCUGCCACCCUUCUCCCAGGCCUGAAGGCAUCCAGCAGGCCCCAGGAGACCCCCAGCACCUCUUCCUCUUCCUCCGCUUCUACUCCUCCUCAUCCUCCUCAUCCUCCUACUCUCCUUCCUCUAAUGGCUCCCUCUCCUCCUCCUCGUCCCCCACAGGACAUGAACCGGCUGGGUGGUGCCUCGCGGAGGGCCCGUGUGGAAGGGGGCCAGCUCGGGGGCGACGAGUGGACGCGCCACGGCUCCUUCGUCAACAAGCCCACGCGAGGAUGGCUGCACUCAGACAAUGUGGUCAGCACCAGUGGUGUCAGCUACACAGUUAGGUACAUGGGUUGUGUGGAGGUGCUGCAGUCAAUGAGGGCACUGGACUUCAACACCAGAACUCAGGUUACCAGGGAGGCAAUCUCAGUGGUGUGUGAGGCAGUACCAGGUGCCAAAGGAGCUCAACGCAGGAGGAAGCCUACAUCUCGGUGUCUGACCUCUAUCCUAGGAAAGAGUAACCUCCGGUUUGCUGGAAUGACAAUCAACCUCACCGUGUCAACGAACAGCUUAAACCUACUGACAACCGACUGCAAACAGAUUAUCGCCAACCAUCACAUGCAGUCCAUCUCUUUUGCAUCGGGAGGAGAUCCAGAUACGGCAGAAUAUGUAGCCUAUGUAGCCAAAGACCCUGUCAACCAGAGAGCAUGUCACAUCCUGGAGUGUUCUGAGGGCUUGGCUCAGGAAGUGAUCAGCACCAUUGGACAGGCCUUUGAGCUGCGUUUCAAGCAGUAUCUGAAGAACCCCCCUAAACUUGUCACCCCACAUGACAGGAUGGCUCCUUUUGAUGGCUCAGCAUGGGAGGAGGAAGAAGAGGACUUAGCUCCUCCCCCUGAAGUUCCAUACUAUAAUAACUUUCCCGGGAAACAGCCACCCCCAGGAGGCCUGGUGGACAUGAGAACUCGUCCUGGACACAGCACAGGAGCCACACUACCCUAUGGCCAGCCUGGAAUAAAUGACAUCCAUAAGCAACCUCUGCCUCCACUACCAGUGGGAGCAAAAGAAGGUGGCCUGUUUGAUGACCCCUCUUAUGUCAAUGUGGAUAAAUCCCGCCCCCAAGUGGCUGCGGCUAAUGGCAGUGCUCACAGAGAUGCUUUUGACAUGAAGCCAUUUGAUGAUGCCCUCAGUGUGUCGGGCACAGUGCCUCUGGCUCAGCAGCUGCAGAGUGAGCCCUGGUUUCAUGGUCCCCUGAGCCGCAAGAAGGCUGAGAAGCUGCUGAGCAAAGACGGUGACUUUCUGGUGCGCGAGUCGGGUACCACGCCAGGCCAGUACGUGCUCACAGGCCAGCAGGGAGGCCAGCCCAAACACCUGCUUCUGGUGGACCCGGAGGGAGUGGUUCGUACCAAAGACCAUCGCUUCGAAAGCGUCAGUCACCUGAUCAGUUAUCACAUGGACAAUCGACUGCCAAUCGUAUCUGCCGGAAGUGAGGUGUGCCUGCAGCAGCCAGUGGAACGCAGAGCCUAAGUGUCACACACACUGUUCUUCUUCUGCCAUGGUGUCUCCUUCCUUCUCAAACUCCUGUAAUUACACUUUUCCAGAGAUUGUCUCACUUUUUGCAGAGAAGAUGAGCAACAAAAAUAAGUAUCAAAAUUGAGCUCUGUACUUUGUCAAUUCAUAAUGAGGCUUGGAAGUGAUGCGAUCAUUGGACUCAUGGACCAAGAGAAAUUCACAGCCAUCAGAUUAAGCUGAAGAAUAAAAGCGAGACUCCAGUGGGGAAAAUGAGCCAAAAAAGAAAAUCCAACAGACUGGUGUAGGAUAGUUAUGGUGUAAUGUGAUGUCACUUCCCCUACAAAAUGGAAUGUGUGAUUUAAGCCUGAGAUGUCUGGGCAUUCAAGGGUUCAGCUGAAAUAUCCCUCAGUAACACUCCAAAGAGGACAGAAGAGAAGUGAAGUGAAUCAGAGACUCGAAAGACUGGUAGUUUGGUUUCAUUCAUUCAUUCUCAGAGCGUUAGUUUGUAAAGCCUGAUCAUGUAGAAUCUUUGCGUACAGCUCUGACACGUAGACAUAUAUUACAGUAGUGGGAACUCAUUCAACCACUUGAUUUAGUCGAUUCAUUUGAAUUAAUAUAUUCUUCAGAAUAAACAAGAUCCAACAGGUAGACCACUUCUAAGCACCUACUUGGAAUUGUGUUUGAAAUCUGCCCUAGUGGUUCCUAUAAAUCUCCCAUUUAACAUUUGGGAGUAUUUCAAGGCCACAUAUCAUUCUAUAUGCAAAGAGGAAUAGAUUAUUUACUGUAGAUUAUAGAUAUAAUGAAGUUAAAAAAGAGCACCAGAUGUAAACAAAAAAAGAGAGACCUAUUUACUUUCAUCGAAAUGAUGAACCCACCAAGGAGCAGAGAUCAGGAUCGAAAGAAACACAACACACAUCCAGAACCCUGCAAUCUGGAAAGAAUGGACUUGAUGAAAGAGGCUGAGAGUGAUAGACUGUAUACAGAGUUGCUCCAAGCUUAUCAGGACUCAAAAAGGGGAAAAUAAAUUCAAUCCUCGCCAUAUCGCAUCUUAAAGAGAUAGUCAUAUCCUGUUGUGGUGAUGUCAUCUUCGAGAGCACCUGUAUCGUGAACUUUUUUUUUUUUUUAAGCUGUAUAUUUCACUUUUUUAUCUGUGUUCACCUUGACAAUCAGUCUCCAUGUGUAGUUGAGUUGAAGUUUAAAAAUGAUGAGACUCAAAAAGAGUGAGGAGACAUAAAGGUUAAAAAAAAAAAGAUAGGGAUGCUAAAAUGAAUUAAAAUAUUACAUCCUGUUGCAUACAAUGCACAUUUCUGAACUAGAGUAACAUGCAAUUAAAAUGAAAUGUUUUAUCACCUCUGCCCUAUAAUCAAGACACACACACACUCCAACUUUUCCUGUUUUUAUGUUCCUGUUUGAAUUGUGCCUUUUCACUCAACAAAGCCACAUCAUUAGGAUGCAGUAGAAGUAAAGAUGAAAAAUCAAGAACUUCACUGUUGUUCAGAGUUCAUAACAUUUUCUUGCCAAAAUUCCUACACAAGUGUAGUGUGGAUUGGUCCAGGUUUUAGUUGAUGGCAGUCUUAGUUGUUUUCUUGCACAUUCGCUUAAUCCUGCUGGUAAAUAGUGCUCAUGUUUUAGUGCUGUGCUGUGGCUUAAUGAAAACUUCUAGAUAUUGUUUUAUUGUUUCUUGCUUGUGAUAUAGUUUUCCACUGCUUGUGCAGAAAUGGCUUACGAGCAUCAUAAAAUGUACAUAAAUAUCACAUAUCACAAUGUUCAUAAUUCUUGUAAGCUCAACCAAGACCCCGACUGGAUAAGGCCAGACAGCCCUGUUAUGAAUGUCAGCUUUGAUUGAAGAAGCAAGAACCCAAUUAAAAUGAUGAUAGUGAGUUUUCUUUCUUUCUUAUGGAUUUACUAAAGCAUCUGUUAACUGCAGGGUUUGAAUUUAUCUCCAAAUGUACCACUCAAGUGCAAAGAUUUCUGUAAUUGGAAACAUGAUAUCAUCAUAAUUAGUUGGAGUUGAUCUGUUCUAGACCCAGUUUGGGUAAUAUUAGACCUUUGGCAUUGAUGUGUAGGGCAGGCAGAUUCUUGUCUGUGGCUCAGUUUGCUGUCUUAAAUUAUUUGAGUUCUUCACUCUGUGGGUGUGGUCAAAAAAGUGACUGGUGCAGUGCCAAGUGCGUUCUACCCAGGUGUGUGGGUGUGAUAGAAAGUCCCGGAAAACACUGGCCUGCUCUGCCUCACUGACUCCUCCUCACUUGUUGCAUGGAAACCCUCUGCAGUCUUUGUGUUAUAGUGACAAUGGUUUCUUUUUGUGUGUGUGUGUGUGUGCUCGCCUUAUGACUGUGUUUUUUUUUUGUUUGUUUUUUGCAUUUUCAAGGCCAAAGGUUUAUUUGCCUUACCAGCACAAGACUUGUUUUUUAUGUUGCCUUUUCUUCUUGAUUUAUUUUAAUAUGCCUUUAAUGUUCUUUUUUUGGGGGAAAAUACAUGUUUACAUAUGUAUCUGGAACUAUAGAUUGCAUAUAUAAAUGCAUUAUCAGACGA